ACAGCCUUGUUUUCGAAAUGCUUUGCACGCAGACUGCUGGACCAGGCUGUGAGAGGAAGUUGGCGGAUCCCAGCCCGCCAGCCGAGCACAUCUGGAAGUGGUUUCAGGGCCCGCCUCGCUCUGCCAGCGCAACGCCUGGGUUCCCAGCUGCUUUGCGCAGCGGUGGAGGAAACCCGAGCGCUCCUCAGUCAACGCAAGCAAAGCGGGGUGUGGGGUGGGGGAAGGAAUAUUCUUUCGGAAACGUAAUAUUGGCCUGGGGGCUCUCCGGCCCUUUGGGACUUCCAGUGGGAUCUUAGAAGCAGCCGAAGCAGCGUGAGGGCAGCAGCCCAGGGCCAGCCACGACUGGAACGCUCUGCCCUGCAGCUCUUCUGGACCGAGGAGCCCAAAGCCCUACCCUCACCAUUCACCAGGUCACGAUUCUUAUCCACGUGAACACACAUGGCUCUGUUACGAAAAAUAAACCAGGUGUUGCUCUUCCUUCUGAUUGUGACCCUCUGUGUGAUUCUGUAUAAGAAAGUUCAUAAGAGGACUGUGAUCAAGAAUGAAGCAGAUGUUGAAUCCGAGACCCCUGAAGAGCUAGAAGAGGAGAUUCCUGUGGUGAUUUGUGCAGCAGCAGGGAGAAUGGGCGCUGCCAUGGCUGCCAUCAAUAGCAUCUACAGCAACACUGACGCCAACAUUUUGUUCUAUGUAGUCGGUCUCCGGAACACUCUGUCUCGAAUACGAAAAUGGAUUGAACAUUCUAAACUGAGAGAAAUAAACUUUAAAAUCGUGGAAUUCAACCCUACGGUCCUCAAGGGGAAGAUCAGACCAGACGCCUCGAGGCCUGAAUUGCUCCAGCCUCUGAACUUUGUUCGAUUUUAUCUCCCUCUCCUUAUCCACCAACACGAGAAAGUCAUCUACUUGGACGAUGAUGUAAUUGUACAAGGUGAUAUCCAAGAACUGUAUGACACCACCUUGGCCCUGGGCCACGCGGCAGCUUUCUCGGAUGACUGCGACUUGCCCUCCACUCAGGAUAUACACAGACUUGUGGGGCUGCAGAAUACAUACAUGGGCUAUCUGGACUACCGGAAGAAGACCAUAAAAGACCUUGGCAUCAGCCCCAGCACCUGCUCUUUCAAUCCUGGUGUGAUUGUUGCCAACAUGACGGAAUGGAAACACCAGCGCAUCACCAAACAAUUAGAAAAGUGGAUGCAAAAAAAUGUGGAGGAAAACCUCUAUAGCAGCUCCCUGGGAGGAGGGGUGGCCACCUCCCCAAUGCUGAUUGUGUUUCAUGGGAAAUAUUCCACAAUCAACCCCCUGUGGCACAUAAGGCACCUGGUAGUCUGCAGUGGACAACACCAAAUGAAGACGCAUAAUGGCUUAUGA